CUAGAUUCUGAUUAUAUAACCAUCUCUGUUUUUAAACAAUGGUGGAACAGACAAAGAAGAGAUUCAUCACAAGCGAUGAUCUGAAAAAACACAACCAACCAGGAGAUUUAUGGAUCUCCAUCCAAGGCAAAGUCUACGACGUCUCCCACUGGGUCAAAUCCCACCCCGGAGGCGAAGCAGCGAUCCUAAACCUCGCAGGUCAAGACGUCACCGACGCCUUCAUCGCUUACCAUCCAGGAACCGCAUGGCACCACCUCGAAAAGCUUCACAACGGUUACCACGUGAAAGACUUCCACGUGUCCGACGUGUCACGUGACUACCGUCGUCUAGCCGCGGAGUUCUCCAAACGCGGACUCUUCGAUAAAAAAGGUCACGUGACUCUUUACACGCUCACGUGCGUCGCGGUGAUGCUCGCGGCUGUUGUCUACGGUGUUGUUGCAUGCACGAGCAUCUG